AUGGCUUCUCACUACAUUUCCCUAGCUGCUUCGAGCCUACAUGUAGUUGGCUUUGGGGCAUGUGAUGAUUCUUGCGCAUUAUUAGUAUGGAAGUCUCAAGAAAGCCAAACCAAUCUUCCUUCAACUAACGCCAACGUUUUCUUCCACGAUGACGGCCUUCGAAGGUGUGCUGAAGGUGGGUCAGACGUGGCCUCGAGCGCAUGGGACAACGCCGGUCCAGCUGCAGCCAAAAGCGCACAACUCGCCAAAGCUUUCGGCGCCGCAGUACAUGAACAUGCCAACGUCGCAACGGCACAUCCAAAUUCUCUCCCAGCUCACGAGGGUCCGUCGCCUGAUUGGGCCGUUCUGUCACAGUUUAGCGAAGACGUUGGCGAAGACGUUGGCGAAGACGUUGGCGAAGACAUUGGCAAGCAGGUCAGCGUCACCGCGAGCGAAGCUUGGGAUGCGCUGCUCGGUGGCGAAAAUGCUCUGACUGCUUUCGCUCAGGCCAAAGGAAACAAGUUCGAGUUUAAAGAAAAGGAUUUUAAUGGCUUCUCCGAGACGCUCAAGAGGUGGAUCUUGGAGCAUCCCAUUGAAGCUGCAGUUCUGCUUGCUUACCUCACUUCUGCGCCGAUUACCGUCAUCCUUACGCCUGCUAUGUUGGAUUUGGUUGGUUUCACGCCCAUCGGCCUGGCCGCUAGAUCUCUUGCCGCCGCAGUGCAGUCAAUAUUAAGUCCAGUUGCUAGCCGGAGAUCCAAGACCCACGAGACCGCCUCUGGUGAUCAAGAAACACCGGCCCAUCAUAUGUUUCCCAAAGUCCUUGCGCAGAAACGAUCUAUGGGAAUGGCGGGGUACUACAUCGCUCUUGAUGUGUUGCUGUAG